AUGGAUGCUCAAAAAAAGAUUCAGGCCAUCUCGGACGAAUUUCAGCAGCUGCAGGGUGAGCUUGAGGGUCUCGUCGAUGCCCGUCAGAAGCUCGAGUCGCAGCAGCAAGAGAACCAAGGUGUGCAGAGCGAAUUCGCCCAGCUGGACGAUGAAUCCAAUAUCUACAAAAUGGUCGGACCGGUGCUGUUGAAGCAGGACAAGGCCGAGGCUACUAUGGCUGUCAAUGGCCGGUUGGAGUUCAUCGAGAAGGAGAUUAAGCGAAUCGAGAAGGAAAUCGAAGAUAAGCAAGACAAGAGCGAAGAGAAGCGCAGUGAGAUGUUACAAAUCCAAUCCCAGGCCCAACAACAACAGGCUGCCGCUGCCUCCGCAUAA